GGGGUGCAUGAACAGGUUAACUUUCUUAUUGUAUAUUGUAAAGAGAGAGAAAGAGGGAGAGAGAAUGGCAUCAGAGCAAGAAGAACGAGCUCAACUUGAUGCAAGAGCUAGACAGGGAGAAACAGUUGUUCCUGGUGGCACUGGUGGAAAGAGUCUUGAAGCUCAAGAGCAUCUUGCUCAAGGGAGAAGCAGAGGAGGGCAAACAAGAAGGGAGCAGCUAGGAACAGAAGGGUACCAAGAGCUGGGACAGAAAGGAGGACAGACCAGGAAAGAGCAGAUAGGUAAAGAAGGGUACAAAGAAAUGGGUCGAAAGGGUGGACUUAGUACCAAUACUAAUAAGUCAUGUGCUGCUCAACAAGACCUUGGAUCUUGAUUAAUCCAUGUUUUAGCACUUUAAUAUAUAUGCCAUUUUAGUUUUAUGUUUUUCCUAGUCUGAUCGAUCAGCUAUGUAUUACAGUCAAGUUUGGUUCUUCUUAGAGUCCAGUUACACUACUAAAAUUUGAUA